AUGGACUCGAUGAGAUCUCUGAACAGGUCGUUACCAUCCACUCGCUUGAACAAGGUUUCACCUCCAGAAGAACUGUUACCGGCUUUUAAACAAGCAGCCCUCUCAGUCACCAACCUCUACAAAUCUGCUGCUAGCUACCACGACUCAAUAAGACAAGCGGGUUAUCAAGAUGCUUUGGAUGACCUAUUAACCUUCUUGGAUCGCCAGAACUUAGGCCUGCAAGACGGAGAAGGGUGGAAAGUCAGGCAGUGGAUCACCGCCCGCUACGAUAUCUCACACAUACAACAAGGGGAAAGCGACGAUGAUGAGCCGUUAGAACAAGAACAGGAUCAGAGGAACUCGUCGCCAGAAAGAUCUACAAGAGAAAGGCCAAAUGUGGUACCUGAGUCGCCAGAGGACGCUGCUGCUACAGACCACUCUCAAGCUGCGGUACAAGAACAAGACAUCGUCUCAACUCCACCCGUAUUUCAGUUUGCAGCUGGUCCGGACAACUCAAUGCAAACGGACGACAAUCAAACACCAUCCGAGGACACCAAAUCUGCACCAGUCAGAGUUGAGGCGGUCAAUCGAGCCAAUCGCAAUGCUCACAGACACAACAACACUCGCUACGCUUCUCGACCCUCGACCCGAAUAAGUACUCAACUUGCUGGUUCGAAACGAAAACUACCUCUGCCAGAUUUUGCCGAGAUCUUCAAAGUUAGUUUCGACAAGAAGGAUGGCUUCGAUGGAGGCAGUGCUAAUGGUGGUGGCGUUGGUGGCGGUGGUAGCAGUAGCAACAAGAGGAAUCGUUUUGUAUAG